AUGAUUGAGUACCAGAGACCUGUGUCAUUCAAAGAUGUGGUUGUGGGCUUUACCCAAGAGGAGUGGCGCCGGCUGAAUCCUGCUCAGAGGGCCCUAUAUCGGGACGUAAUGCUGGAGACCUAUAGUAACCUGGUCUCAGUGGGUUAUGAAGGCACCAAACCAGAUGUGAUCCUCAGGCUGGAGCAGGAAGAAGCACCAUGGAUUUGUGAGGCAGUGUGCCCGGGCUGCCAUUGUCAGGAAGACUUCUUGUCAGUUAAUAUCCAGAGGAAUAGACAGCAAGAUGUGCUUCUGGGGCAAGGUGCAUUCAUCAGCAAGAAAACACUGCCCACGGGAAAACCCCAUGAAUGUAAUAAGUUUGAGAAAAUACCACUUUUGAGCACUGAUCUUUUUUCUUCAAUUCAAAACCCUAAUAACUGGGAUUCUUGUAGAAAGAGCUUGAACCAUAAUUUAGACUUGAUUUGUUGUAAGAAAAACUCUACAAAAAAGCAAGAUGGAUGUUAUGGAUAUGAGAAAUUGGUACAGCGUACAGACCAUGAUAGAAGAUCUAAUGGAGAAAAGCCCUGGGGUUGCCGUCUGUGUGAGAAAGCUCUCAGCUGUAAUCCAGCAGUUAUGUAUAAACCAGCAACAACCAAUUCUCUUGUGUACAGACCAAAGAGGGUUCCACCUACAGAGAAACCCCAUGUCUGCAGUGAGUGUGGGAAAGCCUUCUGCUACAAGUCUGAAUUCAUUAGGCAUCAGAGAAGUCACACGGGGGAGAAGCCUUAUGGAUGCACUGACUGUGGGAAAGCCUUUUCACAUAAGUCAACACUUAUUAAGCAUCAGAGAAUUCAUACUGGGGUAAGACCCUUUGAAUGCUUUUUUUGUGGUAAAGCCUUUACCCAGAAGUCACAUCGCACAGAACAUCAGAGAACACAUACAGGAGAGAGACCCUUUGUGUGCAGUGAAUGUGGCAAGUCAUUUGGUGAGAAAUCAUAUCUCAAUGUACAUCGAAAAAUGCACACAGGGGAAAGACCCUAUCGUUGCAGAGAAUGUGGAAAAUGUUUCAGCCAGAAGUCAUGCCUCAAUAAACACUGGAGGACUCACACAGGAGAAAAACCCUAUGGUUGUAAUGAAUGUGGCAAAGCUUUCUAUCAGAAGCCAAACCUCAGUAGACAUCAGAAAAUUCAUGCUAGGAAGAAUGCCUAUAGGAAUGAAAAUUUAAUAAUUGUGGAAAAGCCUUGAGCAAGACACAGAGUUUCAUUGGGUUUGGAGGAAUUCAACUGUAGGAGAAAUUUACCAAUUUAAUGAAUUUGGACAA